UCCGCGCUUCCUGCUCUCUUCGAAGCAGAGAGGAAGGGUGGUAGAAGGUGAUCUAGGCACAGAGUGUAUUCGUAGCGAAGCUCGGAACGAAACGUAACUAGGUGGAUGAAAACUAGACACGCUCUCGUAAACUGAACGGCAUACUUCAUAUCAUACGAGGUCGGAGGAGAGAACAGGAAAGGAAAGAAGAAGAGGCAAAGUGUGUCCGAUCCGGGAUAGUAGCUGAAAAUAGUCCUUUUUUGUGCCGUCUCGGGAGCAUCGUGGACAGCCAGGAUGAGCGUGCACGUUGCGGAGAAGAAAGGCAACGCUCUGAAAGGCUCCAACGGGCUGAUCGCGACUAUCGAGAGCGAAGACGGCGACUGGCAGAAUGGACAGAACCUCCUGGUGGUCACGCAAGAGCCCCAGGGCAAGGAGAUGAUCGGCAUCACUGACAAUCAGACCAUCAACGUGGCAAUCGACACCUACUGGUUAUUGGAACUGGCGCACAGAGAAUACCAGGCGGGAGAUUACGAGAACGCCGAAAGGCACUGCAUGCAGCUAUGGCGACAGGAGACAAACAAUACCGGUGUUCUGCUUCUGUUGUCAUCCAUACAUUUCCAAUGUCGUAGACUGGAUAAAUCGGCGCAUUAUAGCAGCCUAGCAAUAAAGCAAAAUCCAUUGUUGGCGGAGGCAUACAGCAAUCUGGGCAAUGUGUAUAAAGAACGCGGUCAACUGCCAGAAGCGUUGGAGAACUAUCGUCAUGCUGUUCGACUGAAACCCGACUUCAUCGACGGUUACAUCAACUUGGCCGCGGCGCUCGUAGCAGCUGGUGACAUGGAACAGGCCGUUCAAGCAUAUGUUACAGCACUGCAGUACAACCCCGACCUUUAUUGCGUGCGGAGCGAUCUUGGUAAUCUUUUGAAAGCAUUAGCAAGACUUGACGAAGCUAAGGCCUGCUACUUGAAGGCGAUCGAGACACGACCGGACUUCGCGGUCGCUUGGAGCAAUCUCGGAUGCGUGUUCAACGCCCAAGGCGAGAUAUGGCUGGCGAUACACCAUUUCGAGAAAGCGGUCGCGCUGGAUCCGAAUUUCCUCGACGCGUACAUCAAUCUUGGCAACGUGUUGAAGGAAGCGCGUAUCUUCGAUAGAGCUGUAGCGGCUUACUUGCGUGCAUUGAAUCUCAGCCCCAACAAUGCAGUCGUCCACGGAAAUUUGGCGUGCGUUUAUUACGAGCAAGGGCUUAUCGAUUUGGCUAUCGACACAUAUCGACGCGCUAUCGAGUUACAGCCGAACUUUCCUGAUGCAUACUGCAACUUGGCGAACGCUCUCAAAGAAAAAGGUCAAGUGGUUGAAGCGGAAGAAUGUUACAAUACCGCCCUCCGACUCUGUCCUACACACGCCGAUUCUCUCAAUAACUUGGCCAACAUAAAGCGCGAGCAAGGCUUCAUCGAGGAGGCAACUCGUUUAUAUCUUAAGGCUCUGGAAGUAUUUCCGGAAUUCGCGGCUGCUCACAGCAAUCUCGCCUCCGUUCUGCAGCAACAGGGAAAACUGAACGAGGCGCUGAUGCAUUACAAGGAAGCAAUUCGCAUACAGCCGACUUUCGCCGAUGCUUAUUCGAAUAUGGGUAACACACUGAAGGAGAUGCAGGAUAUCCAAGGUGCUCUACAGUGCUACACGAGGGCGAUACAGAUCAAUCCGGCUUUCGCCGAUGCUCAUUCCAAUUUGGCAUCGAUCCACAAGGAUUCCGGCAACAUUCCCGAAGCAAUUCAAUCCUACAGAACCGCCCUGAAAUUGAAGCCAGACUUCCCGGACGCCUACUGCAACCUGGCACAUUGUUUGCAGAUAGUAUGCGACUGGACUGACUACGAAGCCAGAAUGAAGAAGCUGGUGUCCAUAGUCGCCGAGCAGUUGGAUAAAAAUAGAUUGCCUAGCGUACAUCCACAUCAUUCCAUGCUCUAUCCUUUGUCACACGAAUUCAGGAAGGCGAUCGCUGCUAGGCAUGCGAAUCUUUGUAUCGAAAAGAUUCACGUCCUUCACAAGCAACCAUACAAAUAUCCGCGAGCACUUGGCAUACGGUUAAAGAUUGGUUACGUUUCGUCCGAUUUUGGCAACCAUCCGACUAGCCAUCUGAUGCAAUCGAUUCCCGGUCUGCAUGACCGCGAGAAAGUCGAGAUAUUUUGUUACGCGCUUAGCAAUGAUGACGGCACGACUUUCCGCGCAAAGAUCGCGCGCGAGACCGAGCAUUUCGUCGACUUGUCGCAAGUAGCGUGCAACGGCAAAGCUGCUGAUCGCAUCAACGCGGAUGGCAUCCACAUUCUGGUUAACAUGAAUGGCUAUACGAAGGGUGCUAGGAACGAGAUAUUUGCAUUACGACCGGCACCGGUACAAGUCAUGUGGCUGGGUUAUCCCGGCACUUCCGGCGCCAGUUUUAUGGAUUAUCUCAUCACGGACGAGGUCACUUCGCCAUUGGAACUCGCGAGUCAGUACAGCGAGAAGCUGGCCUACAUGCCGCACACUUACUUCAUCGGGGACCACAAACAAAUGUUCCCUCAUCUGAAGGAACGCUUGAUUCUAACAGACAAGUUGAAUCAAAAAGGCAAGGUCGCGGACAACGUGGCAGUGAUCAAUGCUACCGAUCUUUCUCCGAUGAUUGAGAAUACUCUGGUGAAAGAAAUACGAGAGGUGGUGGUACCAGACGCCAAGAAUAAACCCGUUGAGAUCUCCUUGAAGGUAGCAGAGUUACCGACUACCACUCCGAUCGAAACGAUGAUUGCCUCCGGGCAAUGUCAGAUGUCCGUAAACGGCGUUGUCGUGCAAAAUGGCAUGGCCACCACGCAAGUAAACAAUAAAACUGCGACUGGCGAGGAGGUGCCUCAGAAUAUUGUCAUCACGACUAGACAGCAGUACGGUUUGCCCGAGGAUGCCGUUGUAUACUGCAAUUUCAAUCAGUUAUACAAGAUUGAUCCACUUACACUUCACAUGUGGGCACAUAUUCUGAAACAUGUGCCCAAUUCCGUAUUAUGGUUGCUUCGUUUCCCAGCAGUUGGUGAACCCAAUCUCCAGGCUACUGCGCAACAAUUGGGUCUUACACCCGGAAGGAUCCUUUUCAGCAAUGUCGCCGCUAAGGAAGAGCAUGUAAGACGAGGCCAGUUGGCUGACGUAUGUUUAGAUACACCUCUCUGCAAUGGACACACAACCAGUAUGGACGUUUUGUGGACUGGAACACCAGUGGUCACGCUACCGGGCGAGACUCUUGCAUCUCGCGUCGCCGCUAGUCAAUUGAACACACUUGGUUGUCCUGAAUUGGUGGCACGUACACGCCAGGAAUAUCAGGAUAUCGCUAUCAGGCUCGGCACUGAUAGAGAAUACUUGAAAGCCACUCGAGCUAAGGUUUGGAAAGCACGAUCGGACAGUCCACUGUUCAACUGCAAAUUAUACGCGAUGGGUAUGGAGAUGCUGUACACAAAGAUGUGGGAGCGUUAUGCACACGGAGAAAGUCCCGACCACGUGUCGGCUCUCGACAAGAACGACAGCCAGAAGUCGUCGAGCAUGUCCUAAAAGGUUUUACUUUUACGACACGCCUCACGAUUUACUUUACUCAGCUUCGACUACGCGAUUAACGAUUUCUCUUCCCCGGAAACUUUAGCAUUUACAAGAAACUACGGCUAAUAUAUCUUACUCCCACUUGAAGUCUCUUAUAAAUUUCCGUAUCUCUGCCAACCGCUGUUUUGUACGAUAAAUUCACGGACCUUAGAAUAUAGACAGUAGAUGUUAAUAUAUACCUCAUAUACAAGUCCGAGUAUGCGUAAAAUAUUGAAAAGUCGUAAGUUGAUUUCGCGCGGUACUCCCAAGCAGUGUUCUCCCUUCAUUGUUCUUGUUUGAUCUUUUCAAUGUUUGAUUUUUCAAUUAUUUUUCUUUUUUCUUUCGAAUAUUUACGGAUUCGAUUGUGUGAAGUUUUACGAAAAGCACACAACUACGUGUAAACAAGAUUUUAUUCAGGAGAAAACGAAAUUUAGAUAUUGCUGAGAACAUCAAAAACGUAAGAACAAUAUUAGGGAGGAAGUUCGAAUGAUAUUGAUUGUAAAAUAGGAACAAUAUGUUCCAUCUUCUUUAAAUCCCUACAGGUUGUUGCUUUUUCGCAGAAUAUGAUCUCACCGAUAUCCGCGGAAUAAAGCAAACAAAAUAUCGAUUGUCGCAUUGUCGUUUAUCUAAGGAACUGAGGAGGAGGAAAGUUCUAAUGUUCCAAAUUUUAAGAAUUUUAUUAGAUUUUUAAAAAAUUCAGAAGUAAAAAGAAACUCGGAAUUUGGAAGAAAAGAACAAAAAUUAAUAUAUAAAAAAUUCUUUUUUGUAGGAUUUAAUUUCAUGUGAAAUUCGCUUGAUAAUUUGCAAUUGAGAAUCUAUGGCACAUUUUGUUUAUAUUAUUUUGCUCAUAUCAAUUUGACGAAAAAAACCUAAAAAAAAACAUCGUAUCAAGACAUCCAUCCUCGCUUUCUAUAGACGAUCUUUUAAUGUGAGGAGGGUAUCCUUGUGCAUGUGAUUUGCCGAAAAAAAUGCAAGGACACGUAACAAAGAUUAGUAGCUAAUCAAGUUCCUUAUAUUCUACUAUUUCACUCUCACACAUCGCGAGAAGAAUGAAGGGCCGCAGGCUGAGAAGUAGAUUUUUCCAGAAAUCUGAGACUCAAGGAUCUAAUACGAUGAUCCUUUGAAGGAUAAUUUGAUGAUCCUUCUAACGGACGAUCCCAGAUAGAAAAAGAGAAUUUCUCGAAGUUCAAAGAUUUUAAGAAAUAAAUAUCCCCGCAAAGUUUUUAAGACCAGAGAUAUACAAAUCUGGACGUGAAGAUCUAUGAAAUCCUAUUUCACCCAAAAUUUCAACAAUUCCAGAACUUAAAGGUUAAAGUGCCAAGGAUCCAAGUUUUUCGCAUUAUCUCAGGUAUAAAAAAAAAAUGCUCUCGAUCGAGAGUCUCGAAGGUGUAAAAAUCCAAAAAUUGUGUAAAAGCAGCGAAAGUCGAAGAACUGACGAGAGUUCAAACAAAAAAUAAAUAAACGAAAAGUUGAAAGAACUUAGAAACUUAAGAAGAUCGAUCUGAGAAGGAUCCAGGGAUUUUAAGUAGGCGAGUGUCCCAUAAUAGUUCCUCCAAGAUCCUACAGAAGGAUUUUGAGGAGCGAGAUGUUAUUUAGCAGCCGCGGACAGUGAUUUAUGCAAUUGUAUUAUAUCGAGCGACUAAUAUAUAGUAUGAUAUAAGUGUAAAUAUUAAGAAUAAUUGUUAGUUAUUUACGUUUAGAUCGAUUACGAAGACGGCGCGAUUUGCGAUAUUGCGACAAAGAUAAACAGUAGCUAAGAGAAAGAUAAUUGUAGCGCACUGAUGUACGUCUAGAGAAUAAAGAACGAUGAACUAAACGAU